AACGGCCCAACAUUAUUAUAAAAGAUUUUUAAACCAAACUGGCAGCGACUUGCAUUGGACUCUGGUGCGUUGCAAGGUAAAAAACUUAAGAUUGCAGUACACCAAGGCCAAGUCCUGGCAAAAUACAACGGGAAGUGGCACCAUGGAUAAUUGUGACACUACCAAAAACGCGAUUGUAAGGAUGUGUCCCCGAUACGAUGACGUAGAAGACAUUUUUGGCUAUAGGGAGCUCACUUCAAACUGCCUUGUAUUGGAUACCGAGGACAUUGCAUGUAUUGGUUCACCAGAAGUUGCCACGUCCUCUGAUAUAAUCGUCGAGGAAAUCGUGGCAUUACCCGAGCCUCUGUUCACCCCUUCUACGUCAAAGGCUGUCCGAAAGGGUAUAUAUUCGCGUACAGCCCUAUCAGACGUUCUCGAUGUACACUCCAGCUUAUUGGAUGCAAAAAAAGACAGAAUCGAGAAGGAAUUUAAGAUGAGGGGAAAAUGAAUUAAUGCUAAAAGAGCAACAAUUGUUGUUUGAUAAAGAAAAAUUUGAAAAAGAGUUGGUAGAAAAAAAGCUGACAGGGAAAUUCAAGUUAUGGAAAUUCAAAUGAGGGAGAGAAUAGCUAUGAAAGAACUGGAAAUGAAAGAAAGAAUUGAAAUGGAAAAAAUGAAAAUAAUGCAAUAAAAAUGUCGCAGGCCUAAGUAUUUUCUUCCAUAUAGAAAAUAAAUCGCGUUAUAUGAAGAAAACAUGUAUAACACCUUCAUUAGAAAAAUAUUAAACAUCUUUUAUUUCAAUAAAAUUUAAUAGGCUAUUGAACUGCAUACC